GGUGUUCCACCAGCUCCUGUCAAAAAUAGCAUUUGGUCAAGUCCUUAUAUAAGAUAUGGUCUCCCACUAGGUUUGCUAGCUACAGCAGGAGCAGUAAUGAUGUUGAAAAGAAACAAAGCAAAUGUUAUAAAUAAUACUGAAGUAGCUGAAUUUGAACAAACUCCGACACCAUCGCCAAAACCAACGCCUUCACAAACAACACCUUCAAUGACUCCUGAACCUAUGAAAGUACAAACUCCUGUUCAAAAGUCAACUCCAAAACCGACUCCAACAUUUAAACCAGAACCUACUCCUCAAAUAAAUCGUAAAACUCCUGCGUUUCCUUACUGA